GGGUGGAGGAUGUGCGGGGUGGGGGUUGUUAAUUUGGCCCGAUGAGGCAUUUUGCUCUAAUUAUAACCAUCCGAGCACCCCUCCCCCGCCCUGUCAUCAAAUCCUAACCAGGGCUGUUUACUGAGUCACUGGAUGGCAGCGAGUUAGUGAAGGCAUCGGGAUUCAAACCGCUGACUGCCAGCUGUUCAGCCGUUUGGGUCACUGCAGGCUCUCACUGCAUCACGAGCUGUUGCUGCAGCGCAGUGCUCGCUCAUUGAGAACUGAGGAUGGAGCGGAUGAGUGAGGAGACCCUGCGGAUGAACUUGCUGAAGCGCGGCCUGGAGGCCCCGGAGGAGCGGGAGGAGGCCCUGGCCAAGCGGCUCAAGAUGGAGGGCCACGAGGCCAUGGAGCGUCUGAAGAUGCUGGCCCUGCUGAAGCGCAAGGACCUCGCCGGAUUGGAGGGGGGCGCCGCCGGGACCCAAGGGGAGGCGAAGGGCUCCCUGGGCGGCGGCCAGGGCCUGGCCGGGCCCUUGUGCUACGAGGAGAAGAUGAACGGGAGCCUGCGGGGCGGGUCGGGGGGCCACGGGGCCCACGGGGCCCACGGAGGCAUGGGAAAGAGUGGGAAGGAGAACAUGGGGGACGAGCCAGUCGACAUGAGUGCCAGACGGGGGGAUGUGGACCGAGACCGCCACACCCCCUCUCCGGACGUGAUUGUCCUGUCCGACAACGAGGCCUCCAGCCCCAGGGGGUCCUCCCGUGCUGAGGACAGGCUGAGGGCUGCAAACGUGGAGAUGUUCAAGGGCAAGAGCGACGAGGAGCGGCAGCAGAUGAUCAAAGCCCUGAGAGAGGAGCUGCGUCUGGAGGAGGCCCGGCUGGUGCUUCUGAAGAAGCUGAGGCAGAGUCAGAUGCAGAAGGAGAACCUGGUGCAGAAGGUACCGGUGGUCCAGAACGCGGCCUCCUCUGUGCAGCCGUCCGCCAUUCACAGUUCCCAGGGUCUGGCCAAACUGCCGGUGCGUCCUGGGCUCCAGAAUCCAGAGCCGCAGAACCUGCGCACCCUACAGGGGCACACAGUGAUCAGGUCAGCUGCCAAUGCCUCCCUUCCACAAAUGAUGAUGUCACAGAGGGUCAUUGCCCCCAACCCAGCCCAACUGCAGGGCCAGAGGGUGCCCUCCAAGCCUGGCAUGAUGCGAUCCGCUACAGGAAACAUGAACAAUGCAGUCGGAUACCAGCAGACCUCCAGCCAGCAGGUGUCAGCCUCCCAGCGAUCUGGAUCCUCUGCCAUCUACAUGAACCUGGCUCACAUGCAGGCAGCCGGGGCUGGCGGAGUCGGAGGGGUGACAGGUGUGGGCGCUGUCAGUCCCUCUCCCCUGCCCAGUCCGGGGGCGGGGUCCCUGUCAGAUUCAGUCAGCAGCCAGGCGGCCGCCAAGCUGGCCCUGCGCAAACAGCUGGAGAAGACCCUGCUGGAGAUCCCACCCCCCAAACCACCCGCACCCCUGCUGCACUUCCUGCCCUCAGCCGCCAACAGCGAAUUCAUCUACAUGGUGGGCUUGGAAGAGGUGGUGCAGAGUGUCAUCGACAGCCAGGGUAAAUUACGUGGGCCGCUGUCCCGCAUGGAUCCCUUCAUGUGCGCCCAGUGCAGGACGGACUUCACUCCGCACUGGAAGCAGGAGAAGGGCGGGCGCAUCCUCUGUGAGCAGUGCAUGACAUCCAAUCAGAAGAAGGCCCUGAAGGCCGAGCACACCAACCGUCUGAAGAACGCCUUCGUGAAGGCCCUGCAGCAGGAGCAGGAGAUUGAACAGAGGCUCCAGCAGCAGGCCGCUCUGUCCCCUAGCUCUGCCCAGACUGUCCCCAGCGUCAGUAAGACUGAAACCAUGAUCCGACACCAUGCGCUCAGACAGGCGCCCCAGCCCCAGGCCACCCAAUCGCAGGCCUCUCUGCAGCGCGGGCUCAGCAGCUCCGCCCGGGGAGUGCUGUCCAACUUCGCCCAGGCCUCCCAGCUGUCAGUGGCCAGCAGCCUCCUGGGCAUGACGGGCAAGCAGCGGUGCGGCGGCGGCGGCGGGAGCCGGGCACAGCACGACAGCCGGCGCCAGCUCUACAACAUCCCCGGGGUGAACAUUGCUUACCUGAACCCUGGAAGUGUGGGGGGGCACAAAGCAUCCAGCCUGGCUGAUCGGCAGAGAGAGUACCUGCUGGACAUGAUCCCGCCUCGGUCCAUAUCGCAGUCCAUUACUGGACAAAAAUGAGCCUGCCCUCCCCCUCCCACCCACACUGCAACGCACCCCACCCCCAUCCCGUCGCAUGCAGUGCCUGUCAGUGUGCCUACCAACUAACCUGUAAAAACGACACAAUCAACGAGAAAAAAAGCCACCAAACUGUCAGUGCAUCUGAAGUUACUUUCUUACUACAUGUAUUGCAGAUCUUCUUAUUACUAUUAUGACUAUAUUACUGCUACGGUUGUUACCAUUAUUAUUGUUGUUGUUGUUGUCAAGUCCUUUGGCUCUCAUUUGAACCUUUCCCUUAACCCUUUGCUUUCUGCCUUGGGGGAAGCGGAGGGAAUUGAAGCAGAGUGGUCCACAAUUUAUUUUUCCCUUUUUAUUAGUUAAUACAUUUAUAGUUUCAUUGAUUUGCUACUCCCAGGAUUGUAACAAGCUUUUCCUGUGUUUGGGAUUGUGUAAGCUCCCAUAUUGCAUAAGGAGGAUUCCUGCUUGGCCGAAUUGGCUCCUCAUCCUUGCCCUGGAGCCCUGAGUUGCAGAACGGGUUCUGGAAGAGCCCUCCCAACAUGGGGCAGAGGAACGCUUGAUAAUUCUGGAUAAAAAUGAACAGACCAGGAAGAAGAAGAAGGCCUUUGUUUUAAAAAGGUUUCAGUAAUGGUUCAUCAUAUUCAUCUCAACUUGACCAUUUAAAAGAUGGAGAAGGAAGACCAGGAAUGCAGUCUAUGAAAAUCCUGUCAGACAACCAGGGGGAGACUUACUAAACAAGGCUCGGGUUGAAGGGCUAAUGUUGAGAAGAGGGGACAAUGCAGUCGAUAGGUCAUUCUGUUGCAUUUCAUUGGCCAGUUAAAGCAAAGUGGACAAUGUUAAAGAUGCGGAAGUUGAAAUGAAGGCUGUAGAAGCCCAUUAGUCUGAAUUCUGUGACAUUGGAGCUGAUUGGUGGAUCUGAGCUCGGUAUUCCAAUCAAAUCCAGUGGAUAGUGGGAAUACUGGAUCACUAGCAUGAGAUGAAACAAACUGCCCUGUUAAAAGUGGAAAGAUUGCACGAAUCAUAAAUUGAAGCGCUUAUAUUGAAAAUUGCCACAAGGUCCACUGUACACAGUGAGAGGUGGAAGGAUGUGAGAGGGGUACCUCAGAUUUCCACUGUCGUGUCUUUGGUCAUGUUGCUAGCAUGUUUGUGCACAACAGGAACAGCCCAGAAGAGUCUUUGCCUUGCCCUUUUUUGGCAUUCAUGUUAAGAUUAGUCUUUCAGUUGGGGCGCUGUCUGCUAUGAUUCACCUUGCUGCGUGCUUUGCAGACUGGAGGCUCCUCAAAGGGACGAAGGGACGAAGACAUUUCAGCCGCCAUUCUGACUGUUCUGACGUCUCCCUUACAAUCGGUUGUGUAUCUGAGAGGUACUCUUCAGGGAGACGAUAAUAAGAAUCAUAAUUUUUAAAAAUUAAUGCAACUUUAAAGUAUCUAUAUGGGUAUUUAUGUAGAUGGCUAGAUGGGGUUAUACAAUGAGGUGAUUAUGUCUAUAAUAACCGGAUAUGGGUCAAUCAGUCUGUUAAGGUAAUGCACAGGAGUAGCCUUUCUUCAGGAGCACUUUUUUCUGUAAAGAAAGGAAGAUAUAGAGAAUCAAUGCCACAGGAGAAGGGGUUAUCUUGAGUGUCUGUGAGACUGCUGGGAGAGCCCUCACACCUGUUAAACCUGUAAAACAAAAGUUUUGAGUGGCACUGGUGUUCACAUAUAUUAACAAUAUUGUGGUUUCCAGUUUCAUAUUUUAGUGUGAAAAUAUGCUGCCGGUUGCUUUUUUCUUUCUUUUUAUUCAAUUGUUGGUAGAUCGGAAGACUGGAGACAAGCCAAGGCUGGUGUUGCUUGACUGCAGAAAAGCUGCGCAGAAGGACUGCGUUUGUUUCAAUUCUCUGAUGAUGGUGACCCUCCAAUAUCAGGUCUGUCAGGAAAAAACACCUCCUGUUUCUGAGUAUAAAUUCCCCUGAUGUAGCUUUCAAGGUCUACUGUCAUGACACUGACAGUGUUGAAUCUAUGAGCAGUGUUACACUGGGGCGGGGGGGAGGCGUGGACAUGGGUUUUUCUGUCAGUCAGAGUUUGGCACAGGAGAAAGGGAUGCGGACGGAGGCGUCGAGACAGGAAGUGGAUUUAGGAGAGGUCAAAGUACUGUAGGGGAGAGUACGGGACGCCGCAGUAUCUUGUCCCUUCUCGUUUUAAACCAUCUUGCGUGACUCCAGAGAUGGCACGUUGUCUGGGUCCGCCGUGCGCGAACCACAACGCAAACCAAAGCAUGAUGGGAAGAGCUGCGGUCGCUCGGCAGUGCCUUUUCUCUCACGGUCUUCCCCUGCCACAUCUGCUUCCUACAGGACUCCAGUCCUGCGUUCUGUUGCACUCAGAGGGACUAUGUUGGAUUCCUAUCGCUGGUUUUCAAAUGAACGUAGUGGGGAGUGAGAGAUGUUCUGCAUGUGCCAGCAUAUCAGCUGAGCCCCAUUCUCAACCCAGGCUUUGGUGUCAAAACAGUCCAGUGUCCCAAUAUGAUGACAUGAAGCGCCCCAUGAAAAUAUCCUGGUGGGCAAGCUUGAACCACAGGUGCAAUAUUUGGAGACGCAGGGAAGAUUACACUCAGAAGAGAUUAAUUUUGUUUGUAUUUAUUUGAGAAUAAAUUAGCGCAUCCCUAAGCUGGUUAGUACAGGACACAGUGGCUUUUUUUUCUUUGUAUCUUAUGACUUUUUGUUACGAGGAUGAUUUGUUUUCUUUGUCUCUCUUUGGUUGCUCAAAUAGUAUUGGAUUAUCUUGUUUCUGUUCUAUGUGUGUCACUGCGAAGACUGACCUUGUAUAUUGAAAUAAAUCUCUUGCUAUGCUAUAUGCAUCCUUGUACUUAUGUUUUAAUAUCGAUCAGGAAAAAAAAAUGAGCUGAAAAAGUAAUUUUUAAAUGUCAGUUCUUUUUUGGAUUUUUUUGUUUUAAUCUCGUUUGCUGGCUUAUUAAUUUAGAUUUGUUUGGUUGUUUUGUAAUACAGAAAAGCAAAAUGUAAACAAAAUUUGUUUGAACUAUGAAAUAAAAUGACAAUAUUUGCUAGGCCAGAAUGAAUAAUAAUGACUUAUUGUAUAUAUGCUUUUUUCUCCUUGGAUGAAAAGAGAAAAUAAAUUCAAAUGGUUGUAUAUUGUGUAGAAAAGCAAACAAAAGCCAUGAAUAUUGUGAAGCUUGUCAUUUCGUUUUGUGAUCACUGUGUAUUAUUGUGCAACAAAUGUGCAAAAUGUAUGGGGUUAUAAUUCUCCUGUUUUCAAUUAGCUCUAAAAAAUUCGUUUUCACCUUACUGUAUUUUUUUCCCUAGUAUUUAGUGGCAGUCCGAUCAAUAUCCCGAUGAGGAGUUCUUUGAUCCGUUUUCAGCUUAAACGUACAAGUUAUUGGGUGUUCCCUUGUUUUCAUGUGUCAAUAACAUUUGACAAUGCACACAGUUUUUCAUUUUGGAUUGUUUUCUGAUUAAUCCAUGCAAACUGCUCAGUUUAGGACUUGGAGUGGAGCAAAUGACUGGAUGGGGAAAUACUCUCAAUAAAAAGAAUAGCAUUUAUACUUUUUAGGUUAUGCAUAGUUCCCAAAUGCUUAUGUAAGCUGACUGAACUUCUCACAUGUUUUUAAUGAUCUGGGGGCGUAAAUGAGGUCUCUCAGUUAUUGAAAUUGUCAAUAGACUGGUUUAUGUGUCACAAGCAAAUCUAGCCUAUCAAAUGAAAAUUAAAAGACGUGAAUUGAAUUCAUUUAUACGUAUGUUUGCAAUCAGCACUGAAAUCAAUUCAAUGGAAACUCUUUAAAAGUUAUAUGUACAAAUCAGGCUUUUAUUAGCUAAUGUGUGCACCUAUAAAAGAAAGUUACUUACUUUUAAAAAGAAUGGCCAUGGCAAAUGUGAUAUGUUGUCACUGCCUGACAUAUAUACUCGAUGUCAAAUGUAGCCACUAUUGGCUAGAACUUUUCCAGUAUCAUUUCUCAGUUAGGAGUGUUCCGUUAUUAGAUUUUUUUAUUUGUUUUUUUGUUUUUUGUUUGGUGGGGGGGGGGUGGGUGGACUCUUGACCCAGUUCUUGGCUGGAACAUAUUCUACUUUUUUUUUUUUUUUUUCGUUUUGCUUUUUCUUUCCCUCUGCCUUGUAUUAAAGCCCAGUGAAUUGGGAGUUUUCUUUUUGAAUUUAUUUCUGGAUGUUAUGGCUAGAUUUGUUCGUCUUGCUGAUGAUAUUUUUCUUAGCAUUAUUAGUUGAAAUUAUGCGGAGCUGAGUGGAAUAUGGUCCUAUCAUUUCAGUGAAUUUACAAAGUUAAGUUACCAAUGAAAGAUACUGAAAUGUGACCAUUAUUUUACAUACUUAUCAUUUUUCAUACUUUUAUUUUCAUCAAUGAACUUCAAAAUGAAUUGUUUCUCCUAAACAAGCCACUCCACAAAACAGUUGGACAUUAAUGUAAAAUACUGUAAUUAAUAUCCAUGUGUGUGGGGGGGGACCCAACCAGUCACUAUUGAUCUGUAUUUACUGAAUGGGAACAAUGAAAAUCAGUCAAAUAUUGAAGUUAAUUUAAUUUUAAAGCAAAAUAAAUGAAGCAGUUUUGAUUUGAUUUAAUUUCAUCUUUAACCCAGACUAUUUGCACAUCCUUGGUAUUUAGAAUAAUAAAUAAAUAAACAGAUAAAUGCUGUUUGAAUACUUCCAGUUGAUUAAUAUUAAUUAUGCAUUGACUGAAAAAAUAAUUUUGGAGGAAAUAACUUUGUAAUAUUUAUCUCUUGCAAGCUAUGUUUAGUAAAGGAUGGAACAGUUUACAUCUUGAAUGUGUCAGUAUGUGUGCAACUUCAUUGAAUGCUCACUGGCUUGUAGUUUUUAUGAACCUAUUCAUUAUAUUUUAUAUGAGUGUAUAUCUAAGCUCAUAGCACCUACCUACAAAAAUAAAUAUUAGGUAGGUUUAGCUGAGUGCUGUACAUUGAAAAAUUUCAUAACUUUAUUAAAAAUUGAUGCAAUUUACAUUUCCUUUGCAGUGGCUUUGAGUAUUUGUCUGUAAUCUGUUCUUGCUGCUAUGUUUAUUGCUUGUAAUGUUGGUGGAAAGACUUCAAUGCCACACCCAAACACUCAUCAGUAUUGUCAUAUCAGGCAUCUAAUCACAAUACAAAAUAUACAUGAGGUAGUAAGAAUUUCAAUGUUUUUUCUAGUUACAACUCAUAAUGGUUCAGCCAUUUAUUUAUUCAUGUAUUUUUUGAUGCUGUGAAUUUUCUCUGAUUUGUCUGAACUAUGUACUCUUCCUUUGGUUGUUAUUCGUGAGCUGUAGUCUUUAAGUGUGCCAGCGUACAUAUAUGCAGCGGCUGCUUUAUUACGUACACCUAUCUGGCACCAGGUAGGACCCCCUUCUCCCUCCAGAACAGCUUGACUUCUUUAUGGCAUAUAUUCAACAGGAAAUAUUCCUUAGAGAUUUCGGUACAUGCUGACUCGAUAGCAUCAUAUAGUGAUGGUAAAGCGAAGCUGUCUAGAGCAUUGAACCGUUCCUCUGAACUGUAUGGAAAAAGGAUUCAUUACUCAAAGCUUUUAUACACAGUGCCGGAUAGUGGCAUCUGGUAGUCAAAAGGACAAAGAGCAACUAUUUAACAACUUUUUUUAACUAUGGUUUUCAAUAAUGAGCGUAACUAGUAGUGCCAAUAAUGUUGUUUGGGCGUAUUUCUACAAAUAAAGAAUAUCAACGUCU